AUGUGUGUCGAUGUCUGGCAUUUUCAAAACAAGCACAAGACAAUGCAUACCUUCUGCCAGGAGCACUGCAACCCUGCUGACUUUCUCAAGCUCAAGUCCGAAGAUGGCAAAGGGUGGUGGUUUACUACCUCCAUAGCUGAGCAGGUCAAUCUUUGGCUCGGAGGUUAUCACUUGAUCAUAUGUGAGAUGAUGCAGGUAAAAUAUAACUUUUUUUUUGAUGAGAUGAUUUGGCUUUGCAAUCUCAAUACCCUUGAGCCACUGAAGGCAAAGGGUCUUUAA